AUGAAAGUCAAGAACAUCAAUCUUUUUUGCACAUUAUACUGUUUAUUACUCACAGUUGUUAAUGGUGAAAAACUUGAAAAAUAUAAUAACGGUUUGACAUCAAGAUUCAUCUAUGCUUGUUAUUAUCAAGCUGUGGGGGAAGUAUCAUUCUGUCCUCCCACAGAGAAAACUUGCAUGUGUACGAAUAAAAAUUCACUUGCAACCGUAGCUGGGUGUUUGUAUGGUAUAAAUAAAACAGCUUCUAAAUACACUGACUACUUAACUGAAGUUUGCUCAUAUUAUAAAGUCGUUGUUCCAAGUAAUUGGUAUGAGGAAUCAAUUGGAUAUUAUUUAUCUGACGCAAAAUCUGCAGAUCAAAUUGAAAACUUCAACAUGAGUGUACCAAUAGAUACUCCAUUUAUACUUAAUAAAACAAGAACUGAAAUUAUACAGAGUUCAUAUACUCGAUUUUAUAAUAAUUAUGGUUAUAGUGUGGAUUAUGCUGCAGGUAUGUUAGGUUAUUGGUUAUUGGUUUUACUUUUAGGGGCUUUUACAAAUUGGUUUAAAGUAAUGUUUCCAAGUACCACUAAAAAAAUGACACAUCCUAUUAUCAAUUGGUGGAGAACAUAUAUUUCAAUGCCUGCUACUUUUGGUAAAAAGAGAGCUCAAGAACAAAAUUUCUUAAAAUAUUUUGAUUAUUUAAUACCUUCAAGAUUUGAAUCAAUAGUUAUUUUUUUGUUUUAUUGCGUAACUGUGUUGGUCAAUGCAUUAAAUUUGAAAGUUCCUAAUAGUGAUUACUUGGAAGAAACAAAAUAUAUGGGUGAGAUUAGAUAUGUUGCUGAUAGGACUGGUAUAAUUGCAACUGUAAUGAUGCCGUUGGUAUUUCUAUUUGCUGGUAGAAACAAUUUUUUACAAUGGAUAGUUGGUUGGAAUUAUAGUACAUUCAUGACUUACCAUAGACAUACUGCUAGAGUCAUGUUUGCUUUAGUUGUUAUACAUGCCGUCACAUUUACUAUUGUGUUUGUUCCAUACUACGCUGAGUCUGUUAAAGAUAACUACUUUAUUUGGGGUAUAGUUGCUACUGUAUGUGGUGGGAUAAUGAUGUUUCAGGCAAUGUUGUAUUUAAGAAGGAGAUGGUAUGAGAUUUUUUUAAUUUUGCACAUAGUAUUAGCAGCAUUUUGGGUAAUUGGAACUUGGUAUCAUGUUGUUGAACUUGGAUUUAUUUGGGUUGUUUAUCCUACAAUUGGUGUAUGGGCACUUGAUCGAGUAAUAAGAUUUGGUAGAUUAAUUGUUUUUGGUUUUCCACUAGCUGAAGUUACUUUAUUAUCUGAUGAAACAUUAAAAGUUGUUGUACCUAAACCCACUUAUUGGAAAUCAAUCCCUGGUGGACAUGCAUUUAUACAUUUUUUAAAACCAGCAUAUUUUUAUCAAUCACAUCCAUUCACUUUUACUGAUUCUGUUGAUCAAGGUAAUUCAAUAAUUUUAUAUGCAAAAGUUAAAGGAGGCAUCACAAGAAACCUAUACAAAUCUUUAGCACAACAACCUGGUAGAACAUGCAAAAUUAGAGUUGGUGUUGAAGGUCCAUAUGGAGAAUCAACUGCUGCUAAAUAUGCUGAUACUGCUGUAUUCAUUGCUGGUGGUAAUGGUAUUCCUGGAAUCUAUUCUGAAGCAGUUGAUGUUGCUGUCAAUAGUAAAGAUGGGUCAAAUAGAGUUAAACUUACAUGGAUUGUCAGAGAAUGGAGAUCAUUAUAUUGGUUUUAUGAAGAAUUAUUGAGUUUGAAAAAUACCAAGAUUGAUACUACCAUUUAUGUUACUCAACCAAAUAGUCAUAUAUUUAUGGAUGAAUUCAAUAAUAGAUUUACAGGGUUAGAAAGAUUAUCAAUUGACAAGGCAGAAGAUUCAGAAGGUUUGAGUUUGGAAAAAGAUGAUUCACUUAAAGAAUUCACUAAAUCUGAAGAGACCUCAUGUGAUGAAAAAACAAAUCUUGAUCCUUCUCAUAUAAUAAACACAAUUAAGUCAGAAUUAUCACAUAUUAGAUUCAAGGAAGGUAGACCAUGUAUUGAGACAUUGAUUCCAGAAGAAAUACACGAGUCCAAUGGAUCUGCUGCAUUUGUUACUUGUGGUCAUCCUAUUAUGGUAGAUGAAAUCCGUUAUUAUUGUAGUAAAAAUGUCAGUAAUAAAGAGAGAAAAAGAGUUGAAUUUUAUGAACAAGUCCAAGUUUGGGCUUAG